AUGGGAGUAAUGAAGGGUGAUUUCAGAUUGUAUUUGAAUUAGUAAAAUUUUUCAAAAUUACUUAAUGAGGAUAUAUCCAAACAAUCAAUAGAAUUUGUAUCUUUGAUGAAUAUAAUCAUCAAUAACAUAAUUAAACUAAUCUAAAUUUAAAAUAGUCGUCUAGUUUUUGAUUUGUAGAAAUAAAAUUUAAUUGAUAUUCCGAGAUUGGUGCUGUAAGUUUACUUGAAUGUGCUUCACAUUUCUGCCAAUUAAUAUUCAUUGAACAUUAAUUAAGCAUAACCAGAAUAGCCAUAAAUAAUGUAAAAGGAGUAUCUUGACUCUUCUGAUCAAAAACCUAUAAUAAUAGAAGAGGAACCUGAAAACAUAAAACAAGAUAAGCUGUAGGAAAUCAAAGAAGAUAAUUAGAGCGAAUAGUAAGAAAUCAAAACAGAUAAUUAGAACCAAUAAAUUAUGUCUAUUUAAGUAAAUAAAGAAAAUUAAAAAAGUGUAAAUAUUGAAUCACUUUACUAAAAUGUUGAAUCAUCUGAAGUAGUAAUAUAAAAAGAGGAUGUAGAUCCAUCACCCUGCCCCUCAUCAUCAUCAUGGUGA